AUGUCACGUAUUGGAGUCUUCCCUGCUGCCGGUGGCCUCGGAUCCAGCAUCACCAAGCACCUGCAGACUCUCGUCCCAGCAUCUCAACUCGUCCUGAUCGCUCGCAAGCCGGAGUCGCUCGCGAAAGAGUUCAGCGCUGGGGCUGCAGUACGCCGCGCAGACUAUGACGUUUCUUCGACUCUGGAAAAAGCCUUCGAAGGUAUCGAUGUGCUUAUGCUGAUUUCAUAUGCUUCGUUCGAGAUCAAGCAUCGUGUCAAUGCCCACAAAGCUGCCAUUCUGGCCGCACACAAGAGUGGCGUAAAGCACAUCUUCUACUCGUCUCUUGCAUUUGCUGGAGACUACACCGAUUCAUCUGUAGCCCACGUCAUGGGCGCGCAUCUAGCGACAGAAAAGUUCCUUGCGGAACUUGUCAGCACCAGUCCCAGGCCAAUUACGUACACCUCUAUCCGGGAAGGCCUCUACUCUGAGUCCUUCCCCAUCUACACAAAUUGGUUUGAUCUGCACAACCCCGUCGACGAAAUUACCAUCCCGCAUGAUGGGUCUGGGCCUGGCGUUGCGUGGGUCAAGCGUGACGAACUUGGCGAGGCUACGGCGAAACUCGUUGCCAAAUAUGCUACGACUACGAAUGCCAAUGUUGCGGCUGGGUUCCCGUAUGUGAACAAGAUUGUCCUGCUUACGGGGCCUAAGAUUUACUCUCUGAACGAAACUGCGGAGAUUCUGGGGAGGGCUGUUGGUAAGGAUGUGAAAAUCCGGGAAAUCAGCGUGGAUGAAUAUGCAAAGCUCGAUCAUAAGGGGAGACAUACAUAUCACGGCGUUGAUUUGGCCCGGGAAUGGGCAACAGCCUGGGAAGCUAUUCGGCGCGGUGAGACGGCUGUUGUGACGCCAACCCUCAAAGAAAUCUUGGGCAGGGAACCGGAGCAGUACGAGGUGACUAUCCGGGGCAUGGUUUAG